AUGCAACCACUUAAUCCUUUUCUUGCCGCCUUUUCCAAAAGCUCCGUUGUCACACAGUGCACGCCCGUCCAUCAUCACAUCCUCCUGGUGCCUCUAACUGAUGUUCUGCUAACCUCCCGAGAUACGGACACUGGCGCUUCCACCGGCGAGGUUGUCGCCUCUGAGGAAUUUUUGAGCAGCCACGUCCUGCGCAUCCCGCCGCCCGCUAAACCUUUGGCAGGUAAGGAUGGACCGCAUAACUUGCGCGAGGUUAGGGGUAAGGCGAAACAGUUCUCGACAUUGAAUGGACGAAGCGUGGUCAUCAAAGAUUCCGUUAUAUAUAGCAACAAAGGCUUCAAAGCGCUUUCUCAAGCGCAGAUGCUUUCUGAUGCGAUUUGGUACCCAGACGUCUUUGAACCUCGACAAUGGCUACUCUACUUCAUCUCUCGACCGUUGGUGGGUUCCUGGGAGGAGGUGCAACUCCCCCCCGUAAUAAGCAUACGGGAAUCAAGGAAUGGUCUCAGCGUAGAGAGCGGGAAAUCACAAAAUAGCGAUGCGGCUGAGAGAGCUGUCCCAAAGAAAAAAGAUGUGAAGAGCUUUCACGACCUACUCAAUCAUUUCCCAAUUAUUGCGAGGCAAAUGCAGCCAGGACUUGAAAAACUUUUUGUGGAGUUUACGACAGUAUUCGAGAAGCCUUUGCCACCACCGCCAACUGUCUCCAGCAUACCAAAGCCCCAACCUGACGGCCCAAUAACUGCCGCCAUGAGGCGAGCGCGGCCACACAGCUUCUCUGCUCGAAGAGAUAAAGCAAACGGUCGUGAGUCCCUACCUGUAACUGAAGACUUUUUUGCUGAAGAUGACGAAGAUGUCAUGAGAGCAUCCCUGGAGACGGCCGUCACCGCAGCCAUUGAUUUGUUCCAGAAUGUUGAUAAACAACAACUAUCUCUCCUGGGAGCCACAACAGAUUUGACCGGCCCGCUGGUGGAAAAGCUCAUCGAACGCUACGUUACAGAGAAUGUGAACCACCUGCUCUUUCCCAAACUCAGCGCCUUGAAGCGCCCAGAGGACCUGGAACUCGAAGCAAAAAUCCGACAAAUGGAGUAUAUUGAUAUUUCACAACUGGGAAUAGCCAUCAAGGGCUGUUGCAGAGCUAAGCAUGACCUCCUUAUCCAACUCGGUCAUGCUAUUGAAGAAUUCAAAAAGAUUACCAGCGCAAUGAGCCCUGCCGAAAUGAUGGACACUCUAUUUUCCACCAUCAAGGUUGUUUCUCAAUUGACUGGUAUACCAGAAGGGCCAAGCCUAGAUAACAAAGGAGAGCCUGCGUACGAGAAAAUAGCCAUGACAGUCAAUGCUGAUACGCUCGUCUCGCUGCUAUUAUAUGUUGUGAUCCGCUCAAAAGUCCGUAAUUUACAAGCUCGUCUGUCAUACAUCCGAAACUUCAUCUUCAUUGAUGAUGUUGAUAGCGGGGAAAUGGGAUAUGCAUUGAGUACAUUCGAAGCCGUGCUUGCGUACUUGGUGUCAGACUCAGCUGGUCUGCGUAGGGCCAGCCGAAGAAAUAAGGCCCUUUGGGACGCAACUAAGAAGUCGGACUUGACCGAAUUAAAGGGCAUCAUGGAGCCAGAUACAUCGGCUGUUGCGGAUGGCAUUGAGGACUUGGACGCCAAUGAAGAUGCUGAGAUAUCAGCCAAGACUAGUCGGCACCCGUCUUUUACUUGGACCUUGCCCAAUAGCCCCUCAAGACGUCCAUCUUUAGCAGUGGCGAUGGCGGAUCGCUUUUCUCACGGCAACGGUCUUAGCCAUGUCUUUCCAUUUCAAUCAAAUGACGAUUCUGGCAGCGACUUCUCUUGUGUGAAGAAAGUCAAGCGGGUGGCGAUGGACAUCCGUAGCUUAUCGAGUGGAUCAGAAAUUUCGUUUCAUUCACGGACCGGAAGUAUCGCAACACUUGAAAGUGCGCUUGAAGGAGACAUCUCUGUGAAGCGUCUUGCCCAAACAAGUAAUUCUCUCGGGGAGUCUAUUCCUAUGAUGGCUAUUCAGAGUGGAAAUUCGUCAUCUUUCAAAUACCUCAUGUCGCUCUCUGGAUACUAUCCACUAGAUAUGAUACUACAGGACAUGAACAACGAAGACACGACGUUACUUAGCGCAGCCAUCCAGUUGGGGAAGAACGAUCUCAUCGACAUCUUAUUAGAACGUAUCAAUGGCUUGGCUACAGAGAACAAAUUCAAGGCAUAUCUCGCAGAACAAGACAUCUGGGGUCGCAGCGUGGGGCAUUACUUAUUCCAUGCUCCUUUUCUUAUCCCAAAAAUUGGUAGGCUGAUUCCUUGGAGACAGCGUGAUAAGAAUGGCCAGACACCACUAUUUGCGCUGUGUCGUUCUUAUGACAACGAGAACUAUUUUGAGAUGGUAGAAACAGGGUUGAAUGUGGCCAAAGAAACCCAAAAUGAUGGGCAGCCUCUUCAUCUGGAUGACCAUGUGGACGCCAAGGGCAACACCUUACUACAUAUCAUGAAUGAUCACAGACUAGCAAUGAGGAUUUUGCACUCCUGCAACGUUGAUGUGAAUGCCACGAACGAGAAAAAGUUCACCGCGCUGAUGGUGGCAAGCAAAUACGGAAGAUAUGACAUGGUCAGGUGCCUCUUUGCUGAUCCUCGUGUCGACAUCACUGCAAAGGAAAUGCGAGGUCUUACCGCUGUCGAGCUGGCAAAGGACGAUGACGUGCGAAACAGAAUUGACGACCUCUGCUUAUUUAGUAUGCCGGCGGGCCAUGACGGACGGAUAACGGGUGUUGUGCGCGCUUUUUUUGUCGAAGACGGCAGCGUGAGGCUGGUUUUGAAAUCCGCUGCACCUACUGACCAUGACAGUUAUACGGUUACUACCAGUCGGCGAUACUUGGCUGAAUUCGAGCAACUGGCUCACCUCUUGACCCAAGAACAUCCAGCUUCUUGGGUACCUUCCAUAUUGGAUAUGAGAUCUCCAUUCCAGAUACCCGUCAAGCCAUCUCGUGCGAUUUUGCGAGAUAUUCAAACAAAAACCGACUGGUUUCUCCGAAUCAUGCUCAGUCACCCCACCCUAGCCACUCACGAAAUGCUGUGGGAGUUCUUCCUUGUUCCUGAACUUCAGCUUGAAGCCAUGGAGCAACGCACGAAGCUCAAGGUUGAGACUAGAAUCGAAACUAUCAAAGAGGAAUAUGAGCCUGUGCAGGAUGUAAGAGAAGUAGAGAAGUUUGUAGAUCACGCCAGGGAGAUGGUACGAAGUGUGAGUUACUCGACCAAGAGUGUCACUCGGCGGGCCAAUGGACUCGGCUUAGCAACCUGCGACAUGUAUGAUUCCUUGGUGCUUUUGCAUCGUUCUGUCUCAUUUUUAAGGUAUCUUCCCAUGUCCCACAUGGACGCUCUAGAGGCCUAUGUGAGAGCCAUGGCUCCUACGCAAUUGAACCCGCAAACCACGCUACACACCUCCUUACAAGCUAUUCAAUCUACGAUACAAGCAAUCCUGACAUCGCUAUCAAGGCCUGCCACGCUAAUCGGGCAUAUUAGGGCCGCUAAAAGGGAGGUUGACAGGAAUGACGGCUCAGUCGGCCGCUCAUCCAGGUGGCCCUUAGGUCUACUGGAUGAAACGAGACAGAGGUUGCAAGAUGGGAAAGAGAAGAGGGCCAGGAAAUCCCGCGAAGAAGCAGAAUAUCUGGCAAAAGAGCUAAGGUAUACCCAGCAGACAGUUGCUGGAGAACUUGCGGGAUGGCAGGAUAUGCAUGAUAAAAUGAGCCGACGGGCAAUCAGAGAAUUCGCGCGGGGUAUGGUAAUUCAGGAACGCAUGAGACUUGAAGGUAUGGCUCGGGCACUUCGAAAGGUCAGAUCCAAAGAAAGAGAAGCCUGA